GUCACUAUUACAGUUAUGUCAGCAGUGAGCAGUGUUUCUGUUUACAAUUUGUUUUACAGGAGGUAUUGCGAGCUAUGGGUUUUUAAUCAGCUGUUAAAUCAUUAGGGUUUUGUAUGUUUAUCUUCAAAUUCAAACUUUGAAUAUACAAUAUAGAAUGUAAACAAUAAACAGAAUGUUCUCGACAAUUACAUAAUCAAGUGUGUAGUUCUUUCGCCAGAACAUCCAAGAAGAUACAUUAAGAAUUUUAACCUAUAAAUAUGAAAUCGUUUAUUAACAAUUUAUGUAUUAAAAAGUGUUUUAAAUUGUUAAAAUAAUGCAUUAAACCAAUAUAUUUGUGUAAUUAAUUUGAUAAACUGGUCUGUGAACGAAGUUUGUUGACUGUAGUUGCUUUAUUGAGCUAUUACAUUAUGACAUGAGAAUUGUGUAGUGAGUAGUGACAUAGCUUGUGGCCUUGCCAACAAUUACUGGCGGAAGAGUUGAUAUAUUGCGGCCCCCUGCCAACUUCUUUUUUUAAAAUUACUGGUCUCAUCGCAGUAACACUUUUAACCUUGGUAUACAAACUAGCUCAACUUGAGACCUAAACAAUAUUUGACAAUGGAUUCCCGAUUCAUACAAAUAUUAGCAGAUGCUAUAAGCACUGCAACUGUGCUCUCAUGUCUUUUUUUGAAAGUGCCACAAAUAAUGUAUUUGAGAAAGAAGAAAUCUGCUGAAGGAAUUUACGUACAAGCAAUGUUGAUGGAGAUAACUGGGUUUACAAUAGUUACACUCUACAAUUACACAAAUCGUUACAGUGUAAUGACUUAUUUAGAAUAUCCCAUCAUACUUCUGCAAGUGUAUGUAAUGUUGUAUUAUGUGUUGAAGUUCAAACAUCUUUUGUCUGGGAUGACAGUGCCUCUAGUGGUUGCGAUGUACACCACUACUAUCCUUGGAUUUGUAUAUGGUGUCUUUCCUAAAGAAGUCCUGUCAUAUUUAGUGCCAUUCUGCACACCUUUAAGUGGGUCUGCUAAAGUAACUUACAUAUAUGGAAUAAUUAAAGCAGCUAAUGCUGAUGCUGUAUCAUGCACUACAUGGAUUAUUUCUAUUUUAACUAAUAUUUCACGCCUGUUCACAGUGUACGUUGAUUCUGCCGAUACCAAGUUGAUGAUUAAUUUCUUAGUAUCUACAAUCCUAAGCGCCGGGGUAUUGUUCACAGCUAUUUAUUAUCAAUCUUAUUCCAAAUGUAAGGCGACUGGACAAAACCAAGUUAAAACAAUUCCUUCAGAGGAUCAUCUGCAUAAAGAUUAAUGUGGCCAUAAUUUUCCUGUAGGCACUAAAGCCAGAAUGAAUCUGCUGGCCUAUUUCCUAUUUUGAUCUUUAUUAUCAACAUAUCAAAAUAAAAAAAGAAACAAUUGUCAAAAUGUCAUCCACAUAUUAUGAUACAAAUUACAAAUGUCAUCCGGUGCUUAUGGUAGAUCUCAAAUAGUAUGUAGAUGACGUUUUGUUGUCCACUUUAAUAGGUUGAUAAUAAAGACCAAAAUAGUAAAUAGGUACGUGUCACAUAGUACAACAGUACUAUCGUACGUACGUACAUAUAUAGUAUAGGGUAUGUUAAUAUUUAUUAAUGAAUAUUUUAAGAUUUUAGACUAUUAUUUACGUAUUUAUUAUGGGCAUAAUUAAUUUAUUAUUAUUAUUUGCAACUGAAACAUAAUUGUUAUAAUUUUAUUACUAUGUUAAGGAUAAGAAAUUGUUAAUUAGCUUUGAAAGUUUUUAAGGUUCUGAACGUCCGUGUACGUACUCGUUUAUGUCACCGGGAAUCUGUCUAAUUCAGAUAUUAUAUGCAAUGCCUAGACAAAAGAACACUAGCAUUCUGACAAUGUAUGAAAUUUGUUAUGAAAUAUUUUUUAAUAACUGGCGCUGUAGCUCUGGAUUGUAGUUUUGGUCAACAACAGAAACUUAAAUUGGUAAUGCCACAUUGCCACACAUGCCACAGAUUAACAUAGUACCUAAACAUUUUUCUAAGACACAAGUUUUUAAAUGUGGCCAUGAAAGAGUCGUUCCGUCGCCCUUUCCUUCAUAUUUACCUUCUCGACCUUUACAAAACACUGUAGGGGUAAUGCAGACAAGAUUGCAUGGAGUCGAAGCUACACAAAAGUACAAAUUGCACAAUGUACUUAUUACACACAAUAGCUAGGUAUAGUACAUAAUAUAUGUACCUAAUGGACAAUUCAUACUAUUCAAAACGCUUCAAAAUCAAAAUCAAAAAUAAUUUAUUUCAAGUAGGCUCAGUUUACAAGCACUUUUGACACGUCAGUUGACUAUUUGUAAAGAUUCUACCACCGGUUCGGAAGGCAGGUUCUGCUGAGAAGAUACCGGCAAGAAACUCAACAGUUGCUCUUUUGAAAAAGUCAUACAGUAUUAUAAUUUACAAUUGAUAACAAUUACAAUUUCUUAUAGUUUUUUAUUAUUUAUAUUAGCUUCCGAUAAUGUACAUUGCUUAGGCAUUGUAUAGAAUAUCGGGUUAUACCUGCCAUACAUAUUACAUAUAUUAUUUAUAAUAUUAAGCAUAUAUAUAAUGAUUGAUUAAUAAUCAAGAUGUAUAAACAUUUUUACUGUAGGUAUUUCGUACAAAUUAUUUUAUAAUUAUUUUUAAAUUUUCUAAACCAUCAUAUUGAGCCUUACCACAAUGGUCUAAGAUCCGGCAUUAGAAAUAUAUACCCUCAUCUGUUAUUUAUUAGUGCUAUGAAAUAAAUGACAGAUAAUGUUGACAGUGGCACAUUGCAAAUUCGUUGCCUAGUUAAAUUGCGGCUAAACACAUUUUUCAUACAAAAUUUAGAAAACCAUGAAUCAUCAAAGGCAACUUAAUACAGUUAAAUUAAGCAUAAAAUAAGCUUUUUUUAUAUAUAUAUUUUUUUCCUAUCCCAAUUAAAAAACAGAUGAGGGUAUAUAUUUCAUGUGGACCGUGAAUCUCGUACUACAAGCUCUUAAAUCCGUAGUGGUUUUCAUAAAGUUUAGACAUUUCGUACCCUGACGGGCAUUAAGCUUAUAGCAGGAUUGUUUCGUAUAGCGAUUUUGGACGUCAUCAAAUAUCAUGAUGGUUUGGAAAGAUUGUGAUAAGCCUCCUGGGCGUUUAAGCACAAAUGACUUACGAGUAUAUUUUAUGUUCAAGUCAGUAUUAUCUUUUGAUUUAUAUAACGAUCUGGUUUUUGGAUAUCAACAUUUUAUGACGGAAGAAAUGGGUAGCGGAAGUUUGUAUAGGAUUAUCGGUUUAAAUAUUAAGAUUUUAAAAUAUGAUAUUAUAAAAUAAAAUUAUAUUAUCCAGG